AAUUAGUUCAUUUCAGUUUGAGAAAUAACGCUUUAUCGUUUUAUUUGAAACGUUCUUAUUGAUUCAAAUCGAUUGAUCGACUGUUUAUUAAUUUGAUUAUUAAAAGAGUUAAAACUUGGUUUAUUAGUUAACCAUAAUUAACUUGAUUGUUUUUAAAGUAAUUAUGAUUGUAAGAAACAAGUGACAAUUCGUAAUUCAGACGUUUUUAAAUGAUUUUCAAUACGACACGCGCGCCCUCUGGCGAACGGAAUUGUCACUUGCGUCACAGAGCGGCCGCUAGUCGGGACGGAGCUCACUUUUGCUCGAGCCGCCGGACCGAUCGGACGUAUCUUGGACCUGUACAAGUUCGUGGAAUAAACUGAAUGAAGUAUUUCCUCCAACUAUCUUACUGUCUGCUGCUGUGUGGCGCACCCACACUCGCAGCGCCGGGCAUCUUUGAUGACCUGGGCCGUAGCCUGCAGAAGGAGGUGGCAGCCGCCAAGAACCCUGUCUACAAUACCCUCACCUUCAUCGGCUCCAGCCAGUGUUCCCAUGUCAAAAAGUUGGCUGGAGUCGCGUACGAGCAGAUUGAGGGAGAGAAGGAGCCAGACCUGGACCAGCUCUCACUGAAAUAUGUCUCUCACGCCAUAAACGUGUCUUUCAACAUCAACACGCUGAAGGACAUCCCGCUGGCCCAGGACGAGAAGCUGGUCAUCUUCCUCCACGGGUUCAUGGACGACCCUGGCUCGAAUACCUUCAAGACUGUCAGCGAGGCGUUCUAUAAGAAAGGCAAGCACAACGUGUUGGCGCUGGACGCCAGCCCGCUGAUCCACUGGCUCUACCUUCGAGCCUCCACCUACGUGCGCUUCAUAGGGGAGAAGCUCGGCGCCAUGCUGGCACAGAUGGCCGAAGCCGGCUACGACCCGUCGAACUUCUACAUCGUCGGGCACAGUCUGGGCUCGCACAUCGCCGGGUUCACGGGCAAGCAGUUCACCGGGCUUACCGGGAGCCGGGUCGGCCGGAUCACCGGGUUAGACCCGGCCGGGCCGUGCUUCUCGCACGUCGAUGAUGACGUCAGGCUGAACUCGACGGAUGCGGAGUUCGUGGACGUGAUCCACACUGAUGCAGGCGUGUUCGGACUUAAACAGCCUGUUGGGCAAGUGGACUACUACCCCAACAGUGGGUCGCUGCAGCCCAACUGCCUAUGGGAGACGUGUAGCCACAGCCGCGCGUGGAGGCUGUUCGCCGAGUCGGUGCUGAACGAAGCCGCCUUCCCCGCGGUCAAGUGUGAGAGCUGGGAGGCGUUCUCUAAGAAACGAUGCUCCAAUGAAGUCAGUUACAUGGGAUUCCCCUCCCAACCUGGCACUACGGGGCUCUACUACCUACAGACAGGGGAAGUCAGCCCGUACGGGCUCGGAAUGAACGGGACAGUAUACGUCAACAAUGAGGGCAUCGUCAGGAACAUCUUGAAAGGGUAAAUCUGGUCAAACAGGGGUAGAAAGUGUUGCCAUGCGAAAUAAAUCCAGUCCAACAGUGAACAAAUAUUAAUUUAAAUCUUCUUUUAAACUUUCAGCAAGCCUUUUACAAUAACAAGUAUUCUCAUAGCUGUGGCAAAUGAUAAACCAAUUUAUUGGCAUAAAACGAUUUAAAUUGAUUCGUAUUUGUUAAAACUGCAACGAAAAUCAAAACAAUAUUUUUCUUAUAUUAAGUGACAUUUAUACGUAUUACCUCAAUAAAGCAAUUAAUGUUUAUUUAUUUAUUUAAAACUGUA